AUUCCGUUAAAACCGACGGGCACCGAAUCUCAAAUCUGUUACAACCUCUUCAAAUGUUGCUGUGAACGGUGACAGAACGAUGGCUCUGGCCGUUGAGGUCUGAGCUUCAUGAAUAAUAAUCAGUAAGACAAUAUCUGCAUCAGCCAAUAAAUUCGAGAGAGAAGAAGAUGAGGAUUAUUGCGAUUAUGAAGAGCAUAGAGCAGAGAAUGGCAGCGGCAUGGCGAAACAAGUACAUAAUAAGAAGAGCUUUAAGCACCCAAAUUCUAAUGUCUCCUCAAUCUCUUGUUUCUCUUGACUUCCCUGAGAAUUGGACUCCCACUCCAGAUAGUCUUCGCCCUCCUACCCUAAAUUGCUCUGGUGCGCAGGAUGCUGUUACAAUAGAUGGGAAGUUAAUUGCCGAGGACAUCAGGUCUACAGUAGCUACUGAAGUAAAGAGGAUGAAGGAAGCAAUCGGAAAAGUCCCUGGCUUGGCUGUUAUUCUGGUGGGCCAGAGAAGGGACUCCCAAACUUACGUUCGCAACAAGAUAAAAGCUUGUGAGGAAGUUGGAAUCAAGUCUCUUUUUCAUGAACUUCCUGAGGAUUGCCCACAAGAUGCAGUUGUUAGUGCUGUAUCUAGUUUUAGUGAAGACCCAUCUAUUCAUGGUAUUCUUGUGCAGCUUCCUCUACCCCAACAUUUGGAUGAGGUGAAGAUUUUGAAUGCACUGAGGUUGGAAAAAGAUGUAGAUGGCUUCCAUCCAAUGAAUAUGGGGAAUCUUGCCAUGAGAGGAAGAGAACCAUUAUUUAUCCCGUGCGCUCCAAAGGGUUGCAUUGAGUUAUUGAUCAGGUCUGGUGUGGAAAUCAUGGGGAAAAAUGCUGUAGUUAUUGGGAGAAGCAAUGUUGUUGGUUUACCCAUAGCAUUGUUAUUGCAGAGGCACCAUGCAACAGUUAGUGUUGUACAUGUUUUGACAGAUAAUCCAGAGGAGAUAACCAGUGAAGCUGACAUUGUGGUUGCGGCUGCUGGAGUGCCUAAUCUGGUCCGCAGCAACUGGUUAAAGCCUGGUGCAGUAGUAAUCGAUGUGGGAACCUGCCCAGUUGAGGAUCCCAGCAGCGAGUAUGGUUAUCGUCUUGUGGGAGAUGUGUGCUAUGAAGAAGCAGUAAAGGUAGCAUCUGCCAUUACCCCUGUGCCAGGAGGUGUUGGACCUAUGACAAUUGCUAUGCUGCUAACCAACACUCUUGAUUCUGCCAAGCGGGCAUAUCAAUUUGUUUGACCAUUGAUACAUUAUAUAAAAUAUGUUUCUAGCAAUAUAGUUUUAUAUAUUGCAUUCAA